AUGGGAUUGUGCGCAGCCGCAGAAGGUUCUGUCUGCUACUCUUUCUGCUUCUUCACUUCCAGCGAUGCUUUGGAGCGGUGGUCCUUGAACCACACCUACCAGCAAACGCUGUGGGUAGUGAGCAGACUGGAUGAAGAGGAGGAAUGCUUGGCUCUGGCCCGAGAGCUGAAUCUUCAGAAACACCAAAUUCAGGUGUGGUUCAAGAACCGCCGCUCCAAAGAAAAGCGGGAAUGGAGGAAGAGCAAGGAGGAGCAGACAGAACCUUCCACGGCUGCGAACAAUCCCAUGGUCACCUACGCCCUUGCGGACACCACUGCGCCUGCGCCUGCUGAUGGCCCUGCCUCUGCCUAUGUCCAUGCGCCUGGGGUCUCCACUGCGCCUGCGUCUGCUGAUGGCCCUGCCCCUGCCUAUGUCCAUGCACCUGCGGUCUCCACUGCGCAUGUCCCUGCACCUCACCACGCCCCUGUUCCUCGCCCUGCACCUGCCAAUGUCCCUGCGCCAGGGGAUCCAGCGUUCUUGGGGAGCGCGGGUUUCUACACCCCAGCUCCAUCCACUUCCUUUGGCCUUUGGCCAAGGGCCCAAUACGCCAAUGAUUACAGCCAGGACCAGGCCUCCGGGGCCCUUGCACAAGGCACCCGAGGGAAUCAUUGGUCGCCCCCAGCCUGUACACAGUAUCCCAACCCCAUGGGUUACUUGCCGGAUUCCAUAGACUCGAACUUUUCUGGGCUUUUUACAGACCUACAAAGCCCUUCCUGCGUUUCUCAGCCCUUGGAGGAAUCUGUGGACUUAACGAAUGAAAGCAGGUGUUUUCUGGACUUAUAA